ACGGCCAGUCUGCGUGCGUGAGUGGGAGGCGGCGGGCCUGUGACUCCGGCCUUACCGGCUGACCGGCUGACCGUUCAGUACGUCUCAGAGCCAUGAACCGGUUUGGUUCCCGGUUGGUGGGGGCCGGGGCGAGCCCGUCGCCACCCCUGAAGGCCCGCAGCAAUGAGAAUCUCGAUAAAAUCGAUAUGUCUCUAGAUGAAAUUAUCAAGUUGAAUCGAAAGGAAGGAAAGAAGCAAAAUUUUCCCAGACUAAAUAGAAGACUCCAACAAAGUAGUGCUCGGCAAUUCAGGAUGAGAGUACGGUGGGGAAUCCAGCAGAAUUCUGGUUUUGGUAAAACUAGCUUGAGCCGAAGAGGAAAAAUAAUGCCUGGGAAGAGACGUCCUUAUGGAGUUAUCACUGGCCUUGCAGCUAGAAAAGCAACUGGGAUUCGAAAAGGAGUUAGUCCUAUGAAUCGUCCACCUCUAAGUGACAAGAAUAUAGAACGAUAUUUUCCAGUGUUAAAAAGGAAAGCAAAUCUUCUGAGGCAAAAUGAAGUGCAAAGGAAACCAGCUACAGUUCUCAAGAGACCUAACCAGUUAAAUAGAAAAAAUACCGUUCCAGCUAAUUUUACCAGAAGUGGAAAUAAAUUAAGCCAUCAGAAAGACACUCGUCAGGCAACUUUUCUUUUCCGAAGAGGCUUGAAGGUUCAGGCCCAGUUGAACACAGAACAACUGCUAGAUGAUGUAGUAGCAAAGAGAACUCGUCAAUGGCGUACUUCCACCACAAAUGGAGGAAUUUUGACUGUGUCCAUUGACAAUCCUGGAGCUGUGCAAUGUCCAGUAACUCAGAAACCACGAUUAGCUCGUACUGCUGUACCCUCAUUCUUGACAAAACGAGAACCAUCUGAUGUAAAGAAAGUUCCUGAAGGUGUUCCUUUACAAUUUGAUAUAAAUAGUGUUGGGAAACAGACAGGGAUGACUUUGAAUGAACGGUUUGGAAUCCUGAAGGAACAAAGAGCCACUCUCACAUACAACAAAGGAGGAAGCCGCUUUGUCACUGUGGGAUAGAGCCCAUGUCAAAAGAACUUUUGAGUGAUGACUCUGUUUGAAAACUUGAGUUGCUUGAAGAGUUCAUCACAGAAAUUCAAGAAACUUUACCUUAAAAUAUUCACAAAGCUAAAUAACUCUUAUUUUUGAAGUGUUUUUUUUUUUGUUGUUGUUGUUUCUUCUUCUUUUUUUUUUAAUGUAUAAAAUAAUGCCCUGAAAGGUAACAGGGAAUAUAGCUAUCUGUUCUUAAAGAUUGCAUGGUUGGCCCAGACAGAACAAUUUUCUGUUGACUUUCUUGGUUCCUCAUGCAGCAGAUGAAAGACAGAAAGAAAGCGAUUAUUUUUAUGAUAGUAAUAUUUAGGAUCUUAUCACCUCUGCCCACUUAGACUUGGCCAUGGUAAAACUUUGUCCUCUGUACUAUGAGUAGAUCCCUUUGUUGUUGUCACCCUUUAAGAGUGUUGAUGUAAUAAGUGCAGUUGCCUUUUUUCCAUUACACAUAUUUUUAGAAACCUUAUGAGAAUUCUAGUUUUGGCUUUUAAGAUUUUUGGAACUAUCUGGAACUUAGUUCAUUUUUCAGGUGGCAUUAAGUUAGACCCAUAGAGUUGAGUGCUGAACUUCUAAUAAGAAAUGUGGUUCUUGGCAUUAGUCUUGGUUUAAAAUAUUGAUGUCUGAAGGCUGUAAAUGCAUGCUUACAGAAUUAUGUGAUAAGACACUGGAAAAGGUCUGGUGUAAAAAGUUGACAGUUUGUAUUGAGUAAUGAAGAAAGCAUGCAAAGAGGGAGCAAGUUGAAGGACCAGAAACUUAGGUGAAAAGCUUCCAUACCCAGGUCAUAGGUACACUCUGGAUAUAGUAUAGUCUUGAGUCUGGUGUCUGCAGAUUCUUCUGCACUUGACUAUUAGAAUUUUAGUUUUAAAAAUCCCUUAGAUAUUUUGAUAGUAAAAUUAAUAGCCUUAUAGUCCUACACUUCUUACUCAAAAUUAAAAUUUAUAAGCUUGCUA